ACAUUUGAAUUUGCUCUGCAGGUCCGUCUAAAAAGGAUCCCUUUGACACUUUGAAAAACAGGAGUUCAGAUAUAGUGUGUCUUGCUGCAGCUGGAACAAUAGCAGAAGAUCCCAGGAUGGCAAUGGCAAGCCUUGAGAUACUUUCUGAGGGCUACACCGAAGCAGAACCCUUAAUCCAGAUGGCCCCACUUGAUGUUCACAGCCAACAUGACAAUGAUAACAAUGGCCCAGAAGCAGUGGCAGAGGAAGCCGUACAGACCCUUCAAGCUUCAAAUGAAGGCACUGUGUUGGAUGCCUCUAAAAGAGCCUCUCAUUGUCCACCUGGACUGCUGUCACUUAAUCAGAUCCCUUAUCUGGUGGUUCAAAAAGAAUCUAAAGACAAUGGAUUUACAGAGUGUUUUGGUGGCGCCAUCAUCUACACAUAUGUGGUAAAGGAUCGUACUGGACAGAAGAUGUUCAGAGUGACUGAAGAUGAAGACUGCUGUCUUCAGUACUACUGUACCUCUAGACGUUCCUUCACACUGCAUGUCACAGACAUCACUGACCGUGAAGUCAUCACUCUGAUAAAACCAAAUGUCUGUAACUGUGGGACAGUUGAGGUGGAAAUCCAGUGUGCUCCAGGCAUUCCUAUAGGAUAUAUCAUAAGCACUUCUGCCUCCCGGCCUAAACUAACUAUCCAAAAUGAGAGAAGAAAGCCACUGCUAAUGAUGGCUAUAGACUCAUGUCUGCCCAUCCGAUGCUGUGGCGGCAGAUUCCAUCUUAAGAUCACAUCACUGGAUGGAACCAUCAUAGGGACCAUAUCCCUUGUCGAAGACAAGACUAAAUAUGAGCUGCAGUUUCCACAGGACAUGGAUGCCAAACUGAAGGCUAUCAUACUAGGAGCCUGUGUUUUCAUUGACAUUGUAUUUCUUGGAGAAGCAGAAAGCGGCAUGAUUUGGUCUGUUGCCAAACUUUUCAUUUGAUGGAUUAUUUCCUUACUUGGCACCUGGAUCUCCUCCUUAAAUAUAACAUGAUAAAGAUCGUUAAUGUUAUUGCAUUUGUUAAAUGAUUAUUAUAUUCUUCUGUAAAGUUCUGGGAGGGGGAUACAAUAAAUAACUUACAUUAUGUACUUUG